AUGGAGCCGCCAGCGGGAAAGUCCUUUGUCCCUGACCCAGAGGCCACACGUUUCCUGUGUGUCCAUGAAGUUCCCGCAGCCUGGCUCAAUGCCAACCCUGUCCUGGAGAAUGCCUCUGUGCAUGUGCGGGUGGCCGCGAUCCGCGUGGUACUCUCACCUCACGCUUCUCUGGUUGGAGAUCCCGUGAUCCUCAACGCAAACCCUGUGGUCCAUCCGUUCGCGCUGUCUCGUGGGUCCACACAUCUGUGGGACUUAUUCACCACUGGAGUACCCAAACUGGACUUCGAGACGGUGGCACUAUAUUCCCUGAUAAUCUAUGCCAAAGACAACCAAGGGGCCACAGCAUCACAGACUGUUUCAAUUCAAAUUGCAGAUGUGAAUGAACCACCUGCCUUCACUGGAUCCCUUGCCCAGGGAGACCAAGCUGUUGAGAUUUACAUCCUAGAGGACACUGCUCUGGGCACAGCCAUCUACAGGACAGCGGCCAAGGACCCUGAGGGUGCUGCUGUGGAGUACUUCCUCUCCCCGGAGGGUUCCGGCUUCACCGUCGAUGGCACCGGAACAAUUUCCACAGCAGCCGCUUUCGAUUUUGAGGGUGGAAGCAGAAGUUUUUCACUGGUUAUUAAAGCGGUUGACCCUGGAGGACUGUUCGCCGCUGGAAAUCUGAAGAUUUUCCUUGUCAAUGUCAACAAUAAGGAUCCCAUUCUGACCUGCAGUUUAUUCAACAUUGAAAACGCUGUCCUGAGUGUCACAUCUGUCAACUCAACUCUGCACAACGAAGUGGACAUCACACUGGAUGAGGAAAUCCCAGUUGGGAAAACGGUUGGAGCGUGCCGGGCAGAUGACGAAGAUGACUUGGGAGAUUUGACCUUCCAACUUGAGCCUGGGAAUGUUUACUUUGCAGUUGAUCAAGAGCAUGGGACUGUGGUCACUGCCACUCGCCUUGACGUGGAGAGAGCCGGAUUUGCGAGGGUCCAGUCCUUCUCCGUUAAGGCUUGUGACCACGACCAGAGGUGUGCAGCAGUUCCUGUGACUGCCUACAUUCAUGGCAUUAAUGACAACUCUCCUUUCUGCGACCAGUAUCUGAUUAGGUACACAGGCAAAGAGGUGAUUGUAGAAGACACAGUAGUGGCAAAGCUCUCGUGUCACGAUCUUGAUGAUCCUCCCGAUACGAUCCACUACGUUCCAAGCUUGGGACCAGUUGGUUCUGGACAAAUCUUCCAACAAGCGCCAAAUGCUGACAGUGUCAUCCAGGUCACCAAAGAGCUGGAUUAUGAAGACCCGGAGGUGGUUGCCGUGGGACAUAUUUAUGAAAUGACGAUUUCAGUAUUUGAUGACCUGCAUCCCUCGCAUACAGUUACCGUGACAAUCUUUGUGGAGCUUGCUCCCACCAAUGACUUCAGCCCUGUGUUUCAAGCUGCUCACUACUCGUUCUCGGUUCCAGAGACAUCAGGAGCUUUCUACAAAGUCGGAAGAGUGACCGCCAUUGAUGACGACCACCCACCAAACUGUCUGACCUACAAGAUCACCGAGGGAGACACCCAGGCUGUGAGAAGAUUCUGGAUCCACCCUCGCUCUGGGAUGAUCGAGCUCACCACACAGCCAGACUUCGAGUCUGUGAAGCAGUACAACCUCACCGUGGAAGCGGUGGACUGCGACAGAGUCCGACCGCGCACAGCCGUGGCCACGGUCACGGUUGACAUUGAGGACGAGAAUGACGAAGAGCCCGUCUGCGUGCCCUCUCUUUACCGGGGAGCCAUUCCUGACAAUGCUGCUGCCGGGACAAACGUCAACGGCUUCAGGCUACGCUGUCACGACAGAGAUUCGCAGGAUUUCGAAAUGCGCUUUGAGAUAGCUUCUGGAAAUGAGAACCACCAUUUUGGGUUUGACCCGACUCAAGGUUCAAAUGCUCCCAGGUUAAUCGUGAAGAACCCCUUUCACCGCGAGCCUGGAGCCGAGGGGCCGCGGCGGUACCACCUCGUGGUACAUGUGGUGGAUGACAACCGGAGGCACGGCAGAGCCACCAAGCCCAGGACGGGCACCGCUGUUAUAGAUAUUUAUGUGAUAAGGGCCGCCACGCCCUCUCCUCCAAUCAGCUCUGAACAGAGCAAAGGCCUGACCAUUGUGUACACAGAUGUCAACACGUACCGGUCCAGUGCCUGGUACGUCCCUUCCAUCCUCACUCUCAUGGCUGUUCUCUCUGUGGGACUCGUUUCCUGGCUUUGUUUCCUGCUUUGGAGGCAUGGAAACUUCAUGGAGUGCUGUCAGAUCACGGCCCAGAACAUCUCCAAGUCCAUGCCCAGAGAAAUGAAAUAUAUUGCAGGUAAGCUGCAGAUUAUCACAACGUGA